AUGCCUUCUAAUAAUGGUAUCAUAUUUAAAGCAGUUCCUGACAGUUAUCCGGUACCAGGAGAGCAUAUGGAAUUUGUUACUAGAGAAAUUGAUAUCGAAAACUUUCCACUUGCCGACGGAGAAAUUCUUGUAAAAAAUCAAUAUUUAUCAUUAGAUCCAUAUAUGCGUGGUAAAAUGAGACAUCCUAGUGCAAAAUCUUAUUCACCAGCAUUCGAAAUUGGUAAAGUUUUAGAUGGGCGUGGUAUUGGUAUUGUUGUUAAAUCUAACAAAAAGGAUUGUCAAGUUGGAGACUAUUAUGCCGGGUUGAUCGGUUGGGAAGAAUACACGCAUAUUCUUGCAAAUGCUAAAUCAGGCAUUGAAAGUCUGGCGAAUGAAAUUACAAAAUCUAAUGCACCUAAAAGUUAUUUUCUUGGAAUACUUGGUAUGCCUGGAUUGUCUGCUUAUGUUGGCCUCAAUAAAAUUGGUAAACCAAAAAAAGGUGAAACUAUUUUUAUUACAGCUGCAUCAGGAGCAGUUGGGCAAGUAGUAGGUCAAAUUGCAAAGAUUAAAGGAUUACGCGUAAUUGGCUCCGCUGGUGAUGAUGCUAAAAUUAAAUAUCUUAAGGAAGAAUUGAAUUUUGAUGGUGUAUUUAAUUAUAAAACUUGUAAUACUGACGAGAAAUUAAGAGAAUUAUGUCCAAAUGGGAUUGACAUUUAUUUCGAUAAUGUUGGUGGCGAAACUCUUGAAACAGUUCUCAAUCAUAUAAACAUUUUUGGCCGUGUAGUGGCAUGCGGAAUGAUCUCUCAAUAUAAUACCAAGACUCCUUAUGGCGUUAAAAAUUUAAUGCAGAUAGUUGGAAAACGCCUUUUAAUUCAAGGAUUUAUCGUAAGUGAUCAUUACCAAGAAAUGGGUGAAUCUUUCCAAAAAGAAAUGGGUGAAUGGUUAAAACAAGGUAAAUUAAAGUAUAAGGAAGACAUAGUUGAAGGAAUCCAAAAUGCUCCGGAAGCAUUUGUAAAUAUAUUAACCGGUAAAAAUUUUGGAAAGAUGGUCAUUAAGAUUUGUUAG